CCUGCUGUUGGUCACAGGAAUACGUUAGUGAAGGGAUCUCAUCUAAGAACCAAGUCUAAUGUCCAMCUUGGACAUUGUGCAUCUUCCAAGUAUUACGAUACAUCUAUGAAAACAGAUUAUACAGCUCUGCCAAACAUUCACAAGAACCCACAGAUUGGCAACUCCAACAAUAGCUCUUUACCUUUGGACUAUUACCGAGGAUUCGUUGGUGUACCUACAACGUGGAACGAUUUCCAAUCGCAUGCAGGAAUCCCAAAACUAGUGCCCAACCCACUUUCACUACAAAAUCUCAAGAUGUCUCACAUUCAACCUCAAAUCCCUGGUGAGAGAGAAUUUAGCACGACACAUCAACGCUGCUACACACCAAAGAAGAGUUCCCGUGUGGAUGUUAAGUUAGGCAGUUUACAGCGCAGUUCUGUUCCUUUAGGCAACCUUAACAUGUAUCGAUAAAAUGAACACUCGUGUUCUUGAACUGAUUAUAAAGAGAAGAGUAAAUGUAAAACAGCAUCUUUAUUUAGCAGCACAUGAAACACAUUUUCUAAAAGUUUGUAAAUUUUGACAAGAGACAAAUACGAUCGAGUGCAGUUUGUUAAGAUAGCGAUGAGGAUCUGGGGAAGGGUGGGAGGGGGCUAGAUCCUGAAGUAGCAUAGCUUUAAGUUAUAUCGUAAAAGAUAUGGAUCUAAAAACAAGGGCGUAGUCGGGAUUUUCCGGGGGGGGGAUUUUAAAAAUCUGCCAUUUUGCUUGCGUCUCCGAAACAUCGAACCAAAAAAAAGAAAAAAAUAAAGAAUCGAAAAACGUUUUCCUUACGUUUUACAUUUCAUUUUUACAAAAAAAUAUUUGAAAAUACCAUAUAAAUUCUAAAAAGCAGCCAUUGUGUUGCCACGAAGUCGACCCCCUGGCUACGCCCUGGGGGAUAAUGGGGAUAAUGCGUGCAGUCAAUUUAUCAAUAGUUAUUACAGAACACUAAGCUUGUCGAAAAUCACAUUGAAAGGUAUUUGGUAAUAAAACCCUGCUCGCAGGGUUAAGGAAGAUGUGUGUCCAAAGUAAAUGCAUCAAAAAGGUACUU